GGAGAAUAAGCGAAAUAAAGCGGACAAAGAACUAGGCAGCAGUGAUACGGAACAUUCUCCCAAGUAAUUUUACGCAUUUUUAUUUACUGUGAUUCACAGAAGCAAAAUGUUUUCACGCGCCAUGUUUCUAUAUACAUUAUGACUUUGUGUUGAAGGAAUGGAGGACCAAGAGUUGAAAAUGAAUCAAAUAACGAAGAAGAUGACGCCAGGUACAUAGAAUAAACUUGUAAACUUGUAAAACCAAUGUAAAACUAAAUUCGACGUUUUGAAGGAUUUGUAUAAGAAAUGUUUGGAAGAACUGACUCAGUCUUAAUUAAACAUUGUAUCAGUUUCCUCAAACAUUUUGUACGAAUCCUUCAAAACUAGGGAACAAGGGAAAAUUUCCAAGGGAACACAGGAACAUUUGAAAUGUGCAAAAGGCGCCAAAUCAGGCUUUUUUUCUAAAUGUAGCAUAAACUUCGGUAUUUUUCACAUUUAAUUUCUCAAAGAGAAUACAUGGUAUCAUAUUUAUAUUUUGUAAAACUGUUACUCUUGAAGUAUUCUAUAAGGUGGCAGUUGAUUAUAUACCUUGGUUAAAAUUAAUCUCGGAAGAAGAAAAGGACGACAACUCUAUGCAUCGACAAAAUUGUGCUUUUCACUGCAGUUUUUGGCAAGAGCAAGUGGAGUACACGCCGGAAUCCAGAAUUGAAGUUCAUAAACAUAUGGAAGAGAAAAGGAGAGAGAAGGAACAGACGGAUAAACGGUAAAAAUUGAGAUAUCCUCAAAUAUUCUAGUGUACUAUUUCCUUUCACUUAUUUGGGAUUAAAGUUUGCACCGUUAUGUAAGCCAUAUAUAUACACGCGUAAAAACGCACAAGUUGUAGCAAACCUGCAGCAGACUUGUAGCAAUGCUGUUCCAACAAUUUGUCAACAGGAUGUGUUCGCACUGCUUGUUCCCAACUUGUAGACAACAUUCUACAAGGUAGUUUCAACAGACUUGUUACAAGUUGUUCCAACAACUUGUUAUGGUUCUGCAAUUCAACAAUUUGUCAACAAGUUGUGAGUGACAACCUUGUAGCAACUUGAUAAAAUAACAGCAUUGUUACAACUUGUUGACAAGCUUGCUACAAACCUGUUGCGAACGCAUGUGCACUUCCAAUUAAGCUCCACAAUGCAAAACGAAAUGGCAAAACCGUUUAAUAGAAAUUCUCGACUUUUAUCUGUUGGUUUUAGGACGGAGAAAACUCCAAAGGAAGUGAAAUUUUUCGCUAAAGAUGGAAGACCUUUAAACAUCAACCAAGGAAAGUAAGUAAGAUUGUUCCAGUUGGGACGGUUCCAGCAGUUCAAUGGGAUCCAUCGUGUUUCUAUUCUUCGUGACCAUCUUCGCUUUGUUUCAGGUUGGAUUUUAACUUUACUGACGACGAAGAAAACAAUUCUUUUCUGUUUGAUCUUGCUUGCCCGAAGUAGGUUGUCUGUUCAUUUAAUUAGACACCUUACGAUUUUAGGACGGCAACGGCUACCAAUACAAUAGAUUAUUGAAAAGAAUUGAGUAAUUACAAUAUAUGAAUAAUUUAGACAUUCUCCUCGCUCUGUUUACAACGCUAAAUCACAGAUUUUCACGUCUUGAUACAACGGCUGCAUUCCAAGCCACAACAAGUGCAACUUCAAACUGGGUUUAGCAGAACUCUUGUUUAGCAGAACUCUUGUUGUUUAGCAGAACUCUUGUCUUCCUUCUAAAACUGUAUUAAAUUCUUACGAUUGAUAAUAUACGACGAACUAUCUUUACUACCAUUUAUUUGAAGGAGUUGUUUGUUUUGGCCGUCGCCGUCGCGUUGCCGUCCUAAAAUCGUAAGGUCCCUACUUUCUUCCUUGUGACGUCUCUUCGAAAUCAUGUCUGAUCAGCUGAUUUUGUAUUUUCAAGAUAUCUGGACACCUCAUUGAUCAAUGUCGACCUUCAGACAACGUAUGUACGAGUGACGGUGAAAGGAAAGGUAAAAUAACUCAAAGUUGUGGACAAACUUAACCUUUUAGGUGGAAUUGCCCGCCCGAAUGCGCCUUACUUUGUUACUUUAGGGCUUUCAAAAUAAGCCUGCGGCCGCCGGGGGUGCCACGAGGGUUACCGCCGGUUACUUUGUUUAGUACUUGAAUUAUCAAUUCUGCUCUCCUUCCUUCACUCUAAGCGUUCAAACAAAGUUAUUUUUCCUCAGCCUGGUCUACUUUAUACUAUUUAUAGCCUGGUUAUUUUUCAAAACGACGUACUAUUUCGUAAAACUGAUUUGUUUAUUUGCUAUCUUCAAUCUUGAGUUAUCUUGUUGAAGAAUGAAAGUAGUGAUACAUUAUAAUUUGAUGCUCAGUUGUGUAGCUAUACAUAUAAUAAUACAUAUAUUAUUCAGCUGACUCCCCAACGGGGCUUUUCAGUGACCGACUACAUCAAGUAUUACGCUUACUUGUAUUACUUACUUAGCUUAGACUAUUUAUCUUUACAACAAUGGACCAUUUGCAUUAUAGACUAAAUUUUGAUCUAGACAAAAAUUUCAUCACAACUUGAAAGAGCAUCACAAAAAUAGUAAUGUUCCAAAGUUUCUUUGCAAAAUGUUGUAAAAUGCGGAUAAUAUAGCCAUGCGAAGUUUGCCGUUUUUCAGUCAUUUUGUAUUACGCGCGGGAAAUUGACAGCCCAAUCGGGUGUUGGGGCAUCAAUUUCCCGUUUGUAAUACAAAAUGACUGAAAAUUGCAAAUUUCGCAAGGCUAUAUUAUCCGCAUUUUACAACAUUGCGUAACGAAACUUUGGAAUAUUACUAGUAAUUUUGUGAUGCUCUUUCAAGCUGUGAUGAAACUUUUGUCUAGAUCAAAAUUUAGUCUAUAAUGCAAAUGGUCCAUUGUGAUGUUACUUUCAUAACUUUAUCCUAACCCACCCUGUCAACUUUCCCUGUGGGAGAAAACCCACGACUUUCGGCAGGGCGUUGACAACACCGCGGAAAAACGUCUGCGCAUGCACCAAAUUAUGAAAAUAUGGCGGGGAAUUUGAAUAUCAAUUUCUAAAACAAAAACAUGCUUAUUAAUUGGUCAAAAAUUAGUAAAACAAACGAGAAAAUAUAGCAAAUGAGUAGACUAGACAUUAAUUGAAAGCGUCCUGGCAUUUAAAGUAUGGAAUGAAAUAUAAUUCAUGUAAAAAAUUGUUGAUUUUAACGGACACGACUUCGAAAAUUUUUGCAAAAUUAUUCAAAACAAAAAUUCAAACUAAAAAGUUAAGAAAACUCUCGAAAAGUUAAGCUUCUUAACCCACUCAAACUGUAGAAUAAAUCCAAAAGUUUAAUUAUUGUGAACACGCAAAUUUUUUAUAUUUGGCGACACAGUUUUUUUUAAAGAAAUGUAUCUCAAACGAAAAUUCGGAAAUUGUCGUUGCUUAGUUGAUAAACAAAAUGUUUCAGACGAUAAAUUUGUCAACAAUCACCUUUAGUUCAUGUUCUUGUACAAUACAAUUUCUUGAACCUUCUGGCUGUAUUUAUUCCUAGUUUUUAGAAUGACAUGUUUAUUUUUGCGCUCGAAAUCUGGCUGUAAAGACGCACAAUGAAGUCACUCCUUUUUACCGCCAUUUUGAGCUUUCGGAAACAUUCGGAACAGCUUCUCAUCAAGUUCGCAAUACUAUUACAGGUAAGGUUGACGCAUGCGCAGACGUUUUUCCGCGGUGUUAGCGUUGACAGACUCUUUUGACAUGAGUCCGUAGCGAGAAUCAAACCCACGUUCUCAGAGGUGAUGGGCGCUUGUUCUGAUGAGUGCGCCAGCUAGCUAUCUAAUUAAUAUACACGCGCUUAUGUUUCUAACGCCAAGCGAUUUUACUCGUCAAGCUAGAGGAGAGUGCUGGCACUGUUGUAGCCUGCGAACAGGCUCUCUUCUAAUUCAAUUCAAGAGCCUGUUCGCAGGCUGGCACUGUUGCGAACCCAUCUAUACUGAGGGGGGCAUUGGGGGUAUUCAAUACCGUAAUACCGCAAGCAAAUUUUGUCAAUUACUGCAGUUUUUGAGUCCAAAAUUGCAAAUACCGUGUACCGCAAGAUUUUCAAUAUCGUAAUACCGCAAUUUGUCAAGGAAAAUACCGAAAUACCAUAAGAAAAAUAAGCUAAUACCUCCAUACCGUAAAUCCUAAUGUCCCCCCACUAUACUCGUUGUUUAGAUCAUGCAGCUCGCGUUACCAGAAGAAAUCAAACCAGACUCUAGCAAAGCUCAACGUUCUCAGGUCACUGGACAUCUCUUGUUGACUAUGCCUAAGGUUAGAGAAACUAUUCAUUGAAACAGGGGUGGAUUUAUAGGGGGUGCACAGGGGUGCGCACCCCUGUUGGUCAACAGGGGUGCAAGGGGGGUGCAAAAAAAUCAAAUUCAGAAAUACGGCAUAAUUUCCAAGGUUUUUCCUUUUUUGAAGUCAAACUGAAGCUCAUAAUUCAAUGCCCAUAUCGCAGGAAAUGGCAUUUCUAGUGUUCUAAUUUUCAAAAUUUUCGAAAUUUGGUAUGGCAAAUUGAGGAAACGUGACGCAAAAGCAUUUAGAACGUACUAGUCCUGGAAAAUUUUUUCCCUAGGGGGGUGGGGGGAGUGGCUGUCUGGAAUUUUUUUUUAAUAGGGGGCCCUGACCAGCACCCCUCCCCCCCUAGAAAAACCUUGCUGGAUCCACCCCUGCAUUGAAAUAAUUUUCCUUCUCUGGGCACAUUGCAUCGUUUCCUCAUUAUUAGACACUUAUAAAUUCGAUAUUGAUUGACCAACUGGGGCCGUUUGUUCAAAGGUGGGUUAACGCUAACCCUGGGUUAAAAUUUAACCUGCAGUUUUAGUUUGUGUAUUUCUGCACGUCUAUUUAUUGUUCGAUUCACGGAUAGGCGUGACUUUCCUACAACAUUACUAUUGGUUAGUUGGGCAAGAAUACAAUACACACGUGACGGUGAAGGACCAGAAUUAUGAAUAAACGUUGACCAACAUAGAUAAUGAGUUAUAUUGUUAUUCUAAUGAGUUUCACAGCCAUCGUCCUUUCAUAGGCUAUGGGUCAAGUUAACCCAGCUUUGAACAACCGGCACCUGGCAUUUUCUUAGAGUAUGCAUUAAUGAAGAAGUCUAUAUAUGAUGGCAACUCUUUCCCCGGGCACAUCGCAUGGUUUCCUCAUUACUAGACACUUACAUUCGAUUGAUUGAUUAGUUGAAGGGAAUUGUCAAACCAAAAAAUACGAAAGCGAAACAACACAAGGAACAGAAGACGAAUGAUUCGGGGAGAAAUAACGCACGGUAAGUUGAGACUUUUAAGAUACAGGGUCGAGCACAUGACUUAGAAUAAAAUGCGACAAUGGACAUCACAAUCACCAGCCACUUUGCAAAGGGAGGUGUGAAGGGGUUCGCACCUCCCCUGAGAUUGUUUUGCACCUCCUCUGAAAAGUCCCUCCUCCUCUACCAUUUCUACCAAAAUCCGGCCUUGGUGCAAUAUAGUGUAAUCUCAAUCUUCUUGUACUAUAGUAUGAGCGGCCAUGUUGUAUCGGCUAUAUAAAUGGCUUGUGAAAUGUCUUGAUGAGAACAUUCGUAUUUUUCAACAAUUUAUAAUAAUUUAUAAUGAUAUUUGGUGAGAAAAUUGUACAAUUCUCAUUAAUAAUUCAUGAAGAAAAUUCAAAAGAAAGAAAUAUUUAUUAUUUAUGUUUGUAAUCGGAUAAAGAUUUGUCCUGAUUUACAUAAACUUCAGCUUUGAUUUUCUCGGCUUAGGCAAUGUUUAUUUUUAAAAUGACUUGGCCAAUGAACUCAUAAGAUGGGUCGUUUUUUAAGCACGUUAAAACAUUCGCAUCCAAUCUUUAUCUGAUAUACAAACUCUCACAUUCGGUUCGAGUUUUUAUAUCAGAUAAAUAUUGGCUGCUCAUAACCAGUACUUAAAGUUUUUGUAAAUCUUUGUAAAAUUUUGUAAGUUUUUGUAGCACUUAAAGUUUGUUUUUGCAUCAAACAUACAAACUCCUUCACAUUCAUGAUUUCUUUUGUAUUUUCUUCAUGAUGAAGUAUUAAUGAGUUUCACAAAUUUCUCCACAGUAAUCCGACGGCAAAAUUGGAAGUUGACCCAAGCGUACGACACGAGGUGGACUUUGGUAACAUUGUGCGAGAGAAGUCUCGCAGAUCACAGGAUGCACCGCAAAGGACAGAACAAACAUGUGUUGAUAAAGAACAAAGUGAAGACUUUGUAGACGAUCCUGAUGUCCCCCCGCUUAUUUAGGAUCAACCAUCCCCCCUGCUGAACACGUUACGGCAACGAGUGUUCGGAGAUGAGGGGAGGGGAGUAGGGGCUUAGGUAAGAGAUGAGUCAUUUAUGGCUGGGGGUGGCGCCGAAGAGAAAUGUUUUUCUUGGUAAAAUUUUGGUGAUCCAAUAAUUGAAAAGUCAAAACUUAUUUUUACCCAACUUCAAAUAUCGAUUAAAAAAUAAAUUCACACCCCUGGCCAAAAACUUCGCAAAAGGAUACCAUUCAGUUGUCACACAUGUCCUUUACCACUAUAACAUGAGUUUGAUAACUGCUUGCGCAAUUUUCUCCAGUCUAAAGUUUCAUGUUGUCUGCACAUGUACUUUCUUUGGAGACACCAUUUGCCUUCUGACAAAUCGGAAAAUGAUCAAGAUAGUGAACCUGAUUGAUUUACAUAUAUUGUAUUGACCUAUGAAUGUUGACAUUGCUUUUUAGUCUCCGAUAUUUGAGUGAGUCAUGCUUCAAUCGGUCAUGCUUUGGAAAUGACAAUGAAUUUUUAUUACCUACCCUUGAGUUAUUUUGUUUACCCAACCCUUUUCCCUUCGGUGCCAACCCCCGCUAUAGAUAAUGACCGUUCCCUAAACAGCCUUGCUUUCGAGGUUGAGUUACGCCAUGUUAGUGUUACGAAGCUAGCUGAAAGACGUUUUUACAACUCUUUCUCUGAGAGAUUCUUCCCAAGGUUUGAUCUGAUAAGACAAGAAGCAAAGAGGCCAAGCGUCACCGCGUCAAGUGAGAGCAUUUCUGUAUUUAACACAUCGUUCACAUUGUGCUAAGGACAGUAUUUAUAUAACAACAAUUAUCAUACGAACUUUGCAGCAAUAGGCUGAAUUACAUUUAUAUUUACACAUGUUUUAGAUAAGCUAAAAUUCUUCCACUAGACAGUACAUAUUUUACAUGCUAUUUACAAAACAUAAUAUUACGACAAUACUAUUUACAAAUACUACGAAUUCAAUGCAUUAUGGGUUAUACAACUCUCUAAAAAGGUCGGUUUGAUAUGUAACAUUACGAAAUCUGGUUACAUGAAGUCAUAAUGAUUAAUGAAGCUGUUAUAUAAUAGAACCGCUUAGUUUUGCAAUAAGGAAU